AUGCCCUUUCCAGCUACAGUAACGCUGCGGGCGGUGCGAUCAGGGCUCUGGUCUGGGUGUCCGGACCAAGUUCUUUCCCACGCUUCGCCCGAGGUUGUGCUUGGCCGCUCGCCGGAGACGGACGUGCGCGACACGCGCUGCAGCCGCCAGCACGGGCGGUAUUGCUUCGAAGUGCUCUUCAAUCGCCGAACCUCCACGCAGCGCAGCUCCCAGUCUGCCACGGGAUCGCAGAAGCGCCUCGCGUCCACCAGCACAAAUACCGCAACUUCCGACUCGGCUGCAAAGCGCCCCAAGCAGUCGACGUCCGUGGCCCUGGAUGCUCUUGGUCGGACGACGACCUAUUUGCGGCUGCACGGGUUUCAGCUCCCACUUCGCCCCGGCUGGCACUGCUAUCAAGACUCAGUCCUAUGCAAGCUCUUUGGUGGUGCACCCCCUACCACCAACGCACGUGUGGCCGCCUUUGACUUUGAUGGCUGCCUCGUGCACACUAGUGUUGCCAAUCGCGACCCCAAGGCCUGGAGCUUGCGCGUGCCUGAAGUACCGCGAGUCUUGCAGGAAUGCCAUGCGGCAGGAUACCAAAUUGCAAUCAUUACCAACGAGUCUCUGGCGCGCUUCAAGAAACGGGAGCCCAUUGAGAUGAACCUUGUCAAGAAAACCACGCGUCUGGACGAGUUUUGCAGUCGGCUAGACAUGCCCCUUGUGGUUGGUCUGGCCGUUGUUUGGGAGAACUGGCUGUUUUCAGCUCGUUUCAGCCAGUAUUCAGCACAUCAAGCUGCUUGGCCGUAUGAAUUACCCAAACCCAACGACCAGUAUCGUAAGCCGGAUGCAGGCAUGUGGCGUAUGCUGCGCCAGCUCAACGCGUGUGAGCCUGAUUUGAGUGACAGUUUCUAUGUCGGUGAUGCCGCUGGUCGGCCCCGGGAUCAUUCUGAUUCCGACAAGGCCUUUGCCCAGCGCGUGGGCCUGCGCUUCCUCACCGAGUCUGAGUUUUUCCCGCAAGGGCUUGCAGCCCUGCCCUCCUCCACUGCGCCCUGA